AACAACUUUUAACUUCUAAAACAAAAAGAAGACGGAUAAAGAAACAAAGAAAAAGACCCGAAAAACAGGAAAAAAGAAAAGAAAUCUCUAACCCUAAACCCUAACCCUAACUUUCGAUUACAAAUCACAACUCUCACUAGAUUCAUUCAUUUCAAUUUCCAGAUUUCCAUCGAAAUGUUGACGAAGUUUCACCCAAAAUUUCGAAUUUCCAGCAUCAAAUUACCUUCCCCAAAUUUCAAGAACAUAUAAGAAGAGUUAAGGAAAAGAAUUGCGGGCAAAUUAAACUUUUUCGGACAGAGAAACUCGGAUCUUCCAGAUAAUUUGAAGGUUUGUAUAGGAUUUCUUACACAUUUUUUGAGCAUUAAUUCAGAAUUUAUCUAUUUUUUUAUAAGCUCGGUAAAAAAAAAAAAAUCAAGAUUUUGGGGGUUCAGUUGAACUCACUGAACCCCCAUUGAGUACGCUACUGGUUCAAGCUGUAUUGCUGAGUUCUCAAGCUCAGGAGAGUUUAGACAAACGUCGAGACCAAACCAAAUAGUUGGGGAAAAUUAGGUGUUUAAUUAUCAAAUGGAGCUUCAAACCGAUACUGUUGCCGGAGAAAAACAAGCGGUAGAAGUGUCUAAGAAUGAGAUUAGAAGUCUUGAUAAUGUACUAGAUAAGCCUGUGGAAAUGAACAAUGCAACUUUAGAAGGUGGAGCGGAUGCUAGCUUAGUUUUUGAGAAUGAGUCGAAUAGUCUGGGCGGUGUUGAUGUUAGUGGGAAUGGCGAACAAUUAGGAUUGAAAGAAAAAGCUGGUUCUGAAGCUGGACCAGAUAAUGUACUAGAUAAGGUUGUGCAAGUGAAGAAUGCGAUUUCGGAAGGUAUCUCUUUGGAGGGAGUGGAUAUUGAAAAUGAGUUGAAAACUCCGGGGAACGGCGUUAGUGUGAACGGUAAACAAUCAGGUGUGGAAGAAAAAGCUGGUUCUGAAGCUGGACCAGAUAAUGUAAAAUUAGAGCUGAAUGUGGAGAGUAAAGAUGAUGCAGUUGACUCAUCUAAGAUGGAAGGUGCUCGAAUGUCUCUGGUUGAACAAGUAGAAAACUUGAAUAAUGAUGCAUCGAAAAAUCGUGGUAAAAUUGUGGAAAAUGAAGGUGAUGCUUGUGACGCGCAGGCUGCACCACUGGUUGAAGAAACAGGUCAGAAAGGGCACAUUGUUGUAUUAGGAAUCCCAGCUACUGAUCCUGAUGAGAAAACUAGAAGGGGACGAAAGCCUGCAACAACCGCUGUAAUGUCAAUGAAGAAGAAAAGCCCUAAGAAAGCAUCAGGAUCGGGUACCAGGGUUCUGCGUUCCCGAUCAAAAGAGAAAUCUGAAGCACCUGAACCUAGUGUUAAUUUGGAAAAUACGAAGGGCAGCACAGGAAAAAGGGGAAGGAAGAAGGGGAAGGAAAAUGAUGGAAAAUCUGAUGAUGCAUACUCAAAAAUGAGGAAGCAUUUGAGAUACUUACUGCACAGGAUACAUUAUGAACAAAAUUUACUUGAUGCUUAUUCCAGUGAAGGGUGGAGAGGACAAAGCGUAGAGAAGUUAAGGCCAGAGAAGGAGCUUCAGCGUGCGAAAACUGAUAUAAAUCGCUCUAAGUCGAAAAUUAGAGAUCUAUUUCAGCGACUUGAUACAAUGGCUGCUGAAGGGAAAUUCCCAGAGACAUUGUAUGAUUCCGAAGGUCUCAUUGAUAGUGAGGAUAUAUUCUGUGCGAAGUGUGGAUCUAAAGAUUUGUCUACGGAAAAUGACAUUAUUCUAUGUGAUGGUAGUUGUGAACGUGGAUUCCACCAGUAUUGCUUAGAUCCGCCUUUGCUAACCGAAGAAAUUCCACCUGGUGAUGAGGGUUGGCUAUGUCCGGCUUGUGAUUGCAAACAUGACUGCGUUGAUUUGCUUAAUGAUUCGCUUAAUGAUUCUCAAGGAACAAAGCUUGCAUUUGAAGAUAGUUGGGAGAAAGUUUUUCCUGAAGCAGUAGCAGCAGGGGCUAGCAAGGAGCUGGAUGAUGUUUCCGGACUCCCAUCAGAUGAUUCUGAGGACAAUGAGUACAACCCAGAUGGCACAGAUGAUGAUCCCAAUGUUGAAGGGAAUGAAUCAAACUCCGAUGAGUCUGAUUCAGAUAAAUCUGACUCUUCAGAUUUCUCUUCUGCCUCAGAAGAUCUGGGGGCUAUAGGUGGGGGUGAGCAAAAUCUUGGGCUUCCUUCUGAGGAUUCCGAAGAUGACGAUUAUGAUCCUGAUUCCACUAAAGUUGAUGAGGAGGGGGUUGAACAUGAAAGUUCGGGUUCGGAUUUUACAUCUGCUUCUGAGGAUUUAGGUGCAGCAGUUAGUGAAGAAGGGACUUCAGACAUAAAUGAACAACCUCUACCUUUGGAGCCGGAGCAAGACCUUGGUGAAUCUUCACCUCUUGGUGGGAAGAGAUGUAUGGAGAGAUUGGACUACAAGAAGCUCUAUGAUGAAACAUAUGGAAAUGUUGCUUCGGGUUCAAGUGAAGAUGAUGAAGAUUGGACGGAUAUGGUUGCAACAAAGAAAAGGAAAAGCAGCGCUGCAAAAGCUGAACUAGUUUCAAGUUUGGGUCCCUCAGUUUCUGCUGAUGGCACUUGUGGCUCAGUUAUUCCUCGAAGAAGAGGUCGACCAAAGGCCGAUCAUCAACUUGCAAAUGGUUCACCAGCUCAGGCACCAGAAAGCUCUCGAAAAAGUAGUCCUGGCGGUAGUAGUAGUAGUAAAAAGCGGCCACCAUAUAAGAGACUUGAUGAAGCAGUGACUCAGAGACUGUAUGAAUCAUUCAAGGAAAAUCAGUAUCCUGAUCGUCAAGUAAAAGAAAAGCUGGCAAAUGAACUUGGACUUACAGCUCACCGGGUGGACAAAUGGUUUGGCAAUGCUCGUUGGAGUUUUCACCACCAUCCAUCACGUGUAGAAGCGAGUAUGACCCGAGUUGGAUCACAUAGCAAUACUCCACAAACUGUUGCUUGCGAUGGAGGCGAGAGUGCUAUGGCAAGUGAUAUUGCUGCCGUCCCUAUAUGUAGCACUCCAAAUACAGAAGGUGAUCAGGCAAUGCUUGAGACCUCAAAAACAGAGAACUCGAAAGAGGGUACUCAAACUGACCUACGUCAAAAACCUGAAACUCCAAAAGGAGUGCAGAGGAAAAGAAGAAAAUCCGGAUCCUGAAAAAUCCUCAUUUGGCAAACCAUUGUUAUCCACCAUAAUUGGAACGGCAAAUUUCUGAGUGGGUUAUGGCUAUGAAGAUUCACCGUAACAUGAGGAUCACUCUUCACUAUAGUCAUCUUGGACAGAUGAAAACAUUCUUCCUUUUGGCAAUGUUGCAUCUCGUUUGAGGUUGUCGUCAUGAAUGUCAAAAUCUGAGUAGCUCAUGUCAGCAGGCAGCAGAAGUGUUGUUUACGCUCCCUGUUCCUUUUAUAUAUGGUCCUUUAGAUAGAUGAGAGAAGUCAUAGGUUGAUGUUUGAAUCUUUAGGCUGUUAGUUCAGGGUACAACCACCUUUGUAAUGCUGUAGCUUAUGCUGUAACACACGAGGCAAAACUAGAUUUCAUGUGUUGUGUACGAGUUUCUAAGGAAGAACAUAUAUACUCCGCAAUUUUGGUUUCACUCAUAUAUAAGUAAAUUGAGCUUGGUUAA